AUGGCGUGGAGCGCCGCCGCCGUCUCCAGGUUCGCCGCCACCUCUCCGGCCGCGGCACCCAUCUCCGUCAGGCUCGGAGCCGCCGCCUCCCGCUCCUCCCUGUCCUUCUCCAGGGCGAGCCGCCGCCUCGUGUCCGCGUCCCUCUCGACUUCCGCCACCGCUGUAAAGGAGGCUGUUCAGACAGAGAAGGCACCGGCAGCACUAGGCCCUUAUUCUCAGGCCAUCAAAGCAAACAAUCUUGUGUUUGUUUCUGGAGUUCUUGGAUUGAAUCCUGAGACCGGGAAGUUUGUCUCUGAAAAUGUUGAGGAGCAAACUGAGCAGGUUAUGAAGAACAUGGGCGAGAUAUUGAAAGCAAGUGGUGCUAGCUAUUCUUCAGUUGUGAAGACAACAAUCAUGUUGGCUGAUCUGCAGGAUUUCAAGAAAGUGAACGAGAUCUAUGGCAAAUUUCACUAUCCUGGAAGCCCCGAGGAAUUUGUGGUAGAAGUACUUUUAGUGUCAAUCCAAAAUGAGAUCUUGUACCAGUUCAGUGCGCACGGUUCUAUCGGCUGCCAGAUUUUGGUGCCUACGCAGGCGGUCGUGGGUGCAGAUCUUAACGGUUCCGUGAGAAAGGUCGUCAUUGGACAGAGGCUGGCAGAAAACACCCAAAACAUUACUAACAUUACUACAAUUGCGACAUCCGGAUGGAGCAUUGUGAAGAAAGAGUUCACAUUUCCUGCUAGAAGUGCCCCUUUCAAUAGCUGUCACGCUUCCACUAUUGUACAGAUUGAUGAAGGGAAUUUUGUGGUGGCAUAUUUUGGUGGAUCUAUGGAAGGUGCUCCGGAUGUCAAAAUCUGGUUGCAGAGAUAUAGUGAUGGCCACUGGCAUCCUCCAGUAGUGGCCGAUGAACAAUUGGGGGUGCCUAUGUGGAACCCUGUUCUGUUUCAGCUUCCCUCUCGUGAACUGCUUCUCUUCUACAAGAUUGGCCAAGAAGUCCAGAAGUGGAGUGGUGCCAUGAAAAGGUCGAUGGAUGGCGGCCUAACCUGGUUACCAAGAGAGCAGCUGCCACCUGGUAUCCUUGGUCCAAUUAAGAACAAGCCAUUCUUGCUUGAAGAUGGUCGCCUUCUAUGUGGAUCAUCAGUUGAGAGUUGGAACUCUUGGGGUGCAUGGCUUGAGGUUACGCAAAAUGCCGGCCGUACAUGGAGAAAGUAUGGCCCUAUAUAUGUAGACGGACAACCACUUGGGGUGAUUCAGCCAGUUCCCUACCGUACUGCAAAUGGGAUUAUUCGAGUGCUGCUAAGAUCAUUUCAGACAAUAGGGCGUGUCUGUAUGGCUGAUUCCUUUGAUGGAGGUGUGACAUGGAGUUUUGUGCGAGGGACUGAGCUUCCAAACCCAAAUUCUGGUAUUGAUGGAGUUAAGAUGAAGGAUGGAAGAGUGGUGCUUGCCUACAACACCUUCUCCAGAGGAACGCUCAAGCUCGCAGUCUCCUUAAAUGAUGGUGAUUCUUGGAACGAAGUGAUGACACUGGAGGAUACCAGUGGUAUGGAGUUUUCAUAUCCUGCAGUGAUCCAGACUAUGGAUCAGCUCAUACAUGUGACGUACACAUACAACCGAACGCAGAUUAAGAUGGAAAUGGAAUGGCCUCAAAAGAGUGAUUACAUGCGCAUCCAAGUGAUUUACUGGCACACUGCAUGUGAAGCAGCGGCCUUGAUGAGGUUACAAUACGUGUGGAAUGCUAUACCCUUCAUCCUGCUAUUUUCUGUGCUCCUCUUUAUUCCUGUCUCAACACAUAAAAUCUUCUCUAACAAUAAAACUUUCAACUUCAGCAUAGCAUCUGCUAGUGCUAGGUCGUUGCUUGAGAUCGGCUGCAGUUCAGGACUUGUUCAGGACAAGGUGAAAGUUGGACAAAAUUUGGAAGAGGACACCCAAAGCAUUAUCAACAUGACUAUGAAUGUGACGUCUGGGUGGUGCAUUGUGAAAGAAGAACUCAUAUUUCCUGCUGGAGGUGCCCCUUUCAGUAGUUGCCAUGCUUCUACUAUUGUACAGGUUGAGGAAGACAAUUUUUUGGUAGCAUAUUUUGGUGGAUCCAGCGAAGGUGCUCCAGAUGUUAAAAUCUGGUUACAGAGAUAUAGUGAUGGUCACUGGCAUCCUCCAGUGGUCGCUGAUGAACAAGAUGGGGUGCCCAUGUGGAAUCCUGUUCUGUUUCAACUUCCCUCACGUGAGCUGCUUCUCUUCUACAAGAUUGGUCAAGAAGUUCAGAAGUGGAGCGGUGCCAUGAAAAGAUCGUUAGAUGGCGGUGUAACCUGGUCACAGAGAGAGCAGUUACCUCCUGGUAUCCUUGGUCCUAUUAAGAAUAAGCCUUUCUUGCUUGAAGAUGGGUGCCUACUGUGUGGAUCAUCAGUUGAAAGUUGGAAUUCUUGGGGUGCAUGGCUUGAGGUUACGAAAGAUGCCGGACGGACAUGGAGAAAGUAUGGCCCUAUAUGUAUAGAAGGUCAACCACUUGGGGUGAUUCAGCCAGUUCCCUACCGGACUGACAAUGGGACUAUUCGAGUGUUGCUGCGAUCAUUCGAAACAAUCGGACGUGUCUGUAUGGCUGACUCUGUUGAUGAAGGUGUGACAUGGAGUUAUGUCCAUGAGACUGAGCUUCCAAACCCAAAUUCUGGAAUUGAUGGAGUUAAGAUGAAGGAUGGAAGAGUACUGCUUGCCUACAACACCUUCUCCAGAGGAACGCUCAAAAUUGCAAUCUCCUCAAACGACGGCGACUCAUGGGAUGAAGUAAUGACACUAGAGGAUACCAAAGGUAUGGAAUUUUCAUACCCUGCAGUGAUCCAGUCUAUGGAUGAGCUCAUACAUGUUACCUACACAUACAAUCGGACACAGGUUAAGCAUGUUGUUCUUCAACCUAACGCAAUGGUGAAGUUGUGA